GGAGUGGAGGGGUGCUUUAGGUACUAUGGGAACUAACCCUCUGACCGAUGGAAAUAAUGACCGCUGUCAUGCGUCAGGCUCCUGAGGGACAUGAGUGCGUCGGCGGCCCGCGCUGCAGUGAUCGGGCUCCGGGGCCGCUGAAGGGGACAUGGGCUCAUGCGACCACAUGCUGCACAGAGCCACUGAAGCGACGAGGGUUCGGUCUUCAGCAGAACACAGGCUUCCAGGCUCCGGGUCGCCGCUCCAGGUAGCCGUGUCUGAUGAGGAUGUCUGAUUCUGAGACUAUGAACGGCUCGAGCUCAGAUGAAGGCCAGCUCAACACGUCACAGAGCCAGCAGCACGAGGAGAACUGCAGCGCUGGCAGGACUGAGGCGCAGCAGCAGACACCUGGACCAGGUGCUAAAAGACCCAAGUCGAACGCAAGGGUAAAGUUAGUUCGGAGCCUGGCCAUUUGUGAAGAUCCCUGUCCUUCCACGAUUACCACACAACUGCCUCAAGAUCAGCAGGAUGGAGAUCAUAUUAAAGUCUCGCAGACAUUUGAUAAAGAAGAAUUGCCUCUUACUGCAGACGAGGAUGAUGCAGACAGAAGUGCCAACAAGAUGGAGAAAAUGCCACGCAAGAUGCUGUCCAGAGAUUCCAGUCAGGAAUACAAGGACACCACUGGGAUCGACCUCCACGGGUUCCUGGUGAACACGCUGAAGAACAUUCCCAGGGACAGAAUGAUGCUGCUGCAGCUGGAGCAGAACAUCCUCGACUUCAUCAGUAAUAAUGAGAGUCAGAGGAGGAAGUUUCCGCCCAUGACCUCCUAUCACCGAAUGCUCCUGCACCGAGUCGCUGCUUACUUCGGCUUAGACCACAACGUGGACCAGACCGGCAAAUGUGUCAUCAUCAACAGAACCAGCAGUACACGGAUACCAGAUCAGAAGUUUUCAGAACACAUCAAAGACGUCAAGAUGGAUGAACUCCAGAAGCGCUACAUCUUAAAAAGGGACAACUCCAGCACAGACAAAGACGACAGUGUGAUGCGCAUGAAGCUGAAGGAGGACAGGAGGAGCAAGUCCAUCGAGGAGCGAGAGGAGGAGUAUCAGAGAGCCAGAGAGAGGAUCUUCGCUGAUGGUUUAGACACCUUCCCGCUGGAUAAAAGGAUUCAGGAAGACGAGGUGUGUAACAGCAUCCAGCAGAGACGGCAGAUCUUCAGGCUGAAGGACAGUCGGUCAGGGAACAGCCUCCAGAGCAGCUCAGAGAACGAGGCUCAGUAUUCAGAGCCGCGGCCGUGGAGCAGCACUGAUUCAGACAGCUCUAACCUCAGCCUGAAGCCCACCGUGACCAAAGCCAGCAGCUUCAGCAGCUUCAGCGGCGUCCCGGUCCUGAGCCGUGGAGACAGCUCCAGCAGCAGCAAGAGCACGGGACGCCUCUCAAACACCGGUUCUGACUCUUGUAGUAGUGUAGGAUCGUCCACGGGGUCGCUCUCUCGAUCCCAGCCUCCUCCAGCCGCCGCGGCUCUAAGGCAGCCUCUGGCCUUCUCCUCUGUCAGCGCCAGCAGCGGUGUCUCCUAUGAGCCGCCAGCAUCCACAGCUAGCGCUAGCUACUAUCUGCUUCCGCUGGAAGCUGGAGGGAUACCGGCCGGAAGUCUCCUGGUCAACACGCACACAGGUCAGCCGUUCCUGAACCCUGACGGCAGUGCUGUCGUCUACAGUCCCAGCGUGACCUCACAGGCCUCCAGAUGUCAAUCAUUUGUAGCUCCGCCUCCAGCCGCUCAGCCCAUCAAUCACGUCAUGGCUCAGCCUCUCUGGUCUGUCCAGCAGCCGCCGCAGUCUAACCCACCGGUCCAGCCCUUCACUGUGCAGGACAGUCUGAGCGCUCAGUUCGGUCGCAUGAUGCUGGUCCAGCAGGCCUCGGGUGACGGCCGUGACGCUCAUGCAGUCGUUUAUCCACCUCUGCAUCAGACGGGAUACGUGAUGUCCUCGCCGGCCGUGUCCACCGUCAGCCAGCAGCAGCAGCAGAUGCCGGCGUGUUACUGUUCGCCCGGACAGUUCCCGGUGUCUGGACAGCAGUAUCGGCCCGUGGGUUCAGUGGUGUACAGCGGUCAGAGUCAGAUGCUUCCUGCUGCCACGCAGCCGCCAGGAUACCAAACUGUGAUGCCAAGCCAGCAGCAGAGCCACCAGAACAUGAUGCAGACCCAGCAGAGCAGUGUGGGGUAUCAGCUGCAAGGCAUGAUGGUCCAGUAUCCACCAGUGCCAUCUUAUCAGGUGAGCGCUGCAUUCAGCAGAGGAAGGUGUGAGGGAUAUACAGCACAGCCCGUCCAGGUGUAUUACAGCAUCCUUCCUCCCAACCAGCAGAACACCGGCAGCUCCUCCGUGGGGCUCCUGUCUCCUCCAGGAGCGCAGCAGAUGUCCUACCACCGCACCUUGCCCCCCUGCGGCUCGCAACACAUCCCCACGCAGCAGUGCUCCGGAGCUCCGCCCCCAGCCGCAGGUGGAAUGGUGAUGAUGCACCUGGCGUUACCUGCGUCCCAGCAGCCUCCGUCUCAUCCACCGCUGCAGUGGAAACACAACAGAUUCUACAGCUCCAGUCACUCUCGCUCACAGAAGCCCAGCGAUGUCUGCGGUCUGGAGCCGUCACCAAGCAGUCCUCAGCUGGGAAGCUCGUCCUCACCGACUCAAUCUCCCACACGGACACACCUCAGCAACGUAAUGAACAUCCGUCCCAGUCUCAACACUGUUCCCAUCAUGCCUCACUUCUCCAGGUCCUUGGUUUCAGCACAAGGUGACCUGCACUGCCCUCUGCUGGGACACACACUUCAGAUCCACCCCCCCUUACUUCAAGCCCCGCCCAUGGUGUCCAGUCAGGCUCCGGUGGGGAUCCGGCCCAUGGGUCCCAGCAGGAGGACUCCGAGGAGAGCGAUGUCUUCAGAUCUCAGUUGACACCCGUCCAGUCACACACUCUUCUGACCCGCGGCAGAACCACUGACCGAUGACUGGAACAUCUCAACAUACAGCCAGAACUGUGCUCUUCUUGAUUUCUGAAUCUGUUUAUUGGUUCGUUAGUUUUUUAUUUGAAUGAUCUGGUGUUCAAACACUUUCUCCGUUUGGUUUCUUGUGUGUAUUCGGUCUCGUUCUCCUCCAUGUGACGGUCGAACCAACAAACACA